CUCAUCAUUACUCCUUUCAUUUGCAAACACCAAACCAACAACAACCAAAAGGGGCACCACACUCAGCCCCCAACACCUUCUUCUUCUUCUCCAUUCCAACCUAGAAACAGCGAAAAUCAAGAAGAAUCAGCUGCAACACAAGCAUCAAUCAAUGGCGAAGAACAACAACUCGCGUUCAUGGCUCUCACUGUUGAUUUGCGCCACCGUUCUGGUCGCGAUGGCUUCAUCAGUGGAUGCAGGAGGAGCAGCUGUCGGAAUGGGAUGGAUGUCGGCGAAAACCCUCUGCCAAGGCUCAAUCGCUGACUGCAUGGGAGACAGCAGCGAGUUCGAGAUGGACAGCGAGAUCAACCGGCGCAUCUUAGCCACAACCAAGUACAUCAGCUACGGUUCACUGCGGAAAAACACUGUCCCCUGUUCUCGCCGUGGAGCCUCCUACUACAAUUGCCGAACCGGUGCUCAGGCCAACCCUUACAACCGUGGUUGCAGUGCCAUCGCGAGGUGCAGAAGUUGAAUAAUAAUUUCCCUUUUUUAUUUUUUUUAUUUGAAAAAAAAUUGAAAUUGGGUUUUGUUUGUUCAUUUUUAUUAUACAUGAAGAUUGGAUGUUAAUCUCUAUUUAACUUUUAUGAAUGAAUACACUGUUAUUAUUA